ACACACAUAAAUACAAACGCACACUCAGACACCUCAACUACAAAGAUCAAGACGCCAUACGGGUGAGGCCAAUGAAAAGACGAAAAAGAUUUACCUCUUAAGCAAUGCUCGCUGGAAGAUUACAGAAUAAUAAUCUAUUCAUGCAUAAUAGACACUGUGAGACCUGCGGCUUGGUCAAAUCGAUCGCGGGGUCAUUAUAGGAUGCAGACAACGAUAGCGCAAUAUGUAGUUCGUUGCUGACCAGUCAUGAGUCUGUAUGCCAUAAUAAAACCAGGUGUCCGUGAUUGAAAGAUACUACACCAUGUAAUGUGUUUUUUUUGCUUCUGUUGGAGGAAAGUAGUAUAGUUGGUGGAUGCUUACAAACUGCGUCUGUUAGUAGAUGCUGUCUACUUGAAAGGAAACGUGCAAUACAGUUUCAACUGUGAUAGAAGUAAUAAAUAGGACUACUUGCUGGGGUUUUUUGGGGGUCAGAUGUGAGGAAGUGCUGAUGGAUGUCUUUCUUUUGAAAUGUGUGCUGACAUUUUGUAAUUUUUGUUUCUGGAGUACAAGGCUUGAGAACAAAAUCAAAGUUGAACUAGAAAGUGAACGUGUCUCUCAUUGAGUUUCCACUGUCGCAUCUGAAAAAAGCAAAACAAUGCUGAGAUGAUCUCAUAUCCAAUGCGAAAAAGGGAAAAUUCGACAAUAUUUAUAGUGAAUGAAGGAAUGGAUAGAUCUAUACAAACUUGGUGAGAAGACCAGUGGUCGGUUUAUCCUUUACAUUAAGCUUUAAAGUCCUGCCAAGAACAAACGACGAAAGAACACAGAAACCAUUAAGGUAGAGCUCCUUGAAUCAAGAGAUAUCAAAACAAUGGACAGUGAAAAUAGACUGCCCAACGCAAAUCAAGAAAAAAGUGAUCCCCAGAAUGGCGGACAUUACGAAUCUUUUCACUCCGCCGUGAUGAACUCGGAUGAGGGCGGUGAAACUAUAGGUAGCUCUUCAACGAUUGAGGUAACAAUACAGAACACUAAACCAACGACGCCAUCGGAUGAACAACAGAUACAGAACAAGAAACUCAAAUGGAAAGCGACCGUUGUUGGGAUUCUGGUUCCUGUGAUGUACUUCGCUGGUGUUAUUCCCAGCGACACAAUUGCACCCCAGUACCUGGUCCACCGUCUGUCAGAGGAGCGGGGUCUCAACGUGACCUCCAGCCGGGUGGUCCUCUGUGGCAACUUGACAACAGACCCUGUGGUGAUGCAGGCCGACGAACUGGAAUCAGAGGCAUCCGACCUGAACCUAAACUACAGCUAUGCCCUCAGUGGCCCGGCAUUGAUCAUCUGCUUAUUCUUUGGUGGAUUUUCUGACACUUUCGGAAGGCGACCUCUUCUCAUCAUCUCAACUCUAGGAGGACUGAUUAGGAUGAUUUUGAACAUGGUUAUAGUCAAAUUUAACCUCCCUCUGUGGGUUUUCUACAUCGGUAGUGCCGUGGACGGCCUGUCGGGCUCCUUCUACACCAUGCUCCUAGCCAUCUUCUCCAGCAUCGCCGACGUUAAUCCCGAAAAGACCUCCAGAGUUUUCUGGAUCGCUGUUCUCACUGCCGCUAUGGCAUGUGAUACUAGCAUUUUCAGUAUUGUCACAGGAUUUUUAAUAGAUUCCCAAGGCUUCUUCUCCCCUUCGAUUUUAUGUGCAGGCGCCACAGCUGUAGCUUUCUUGGGUAGUCUGUUUUUGUUCCCUGAAACGUUUCCAGUGACGGAGAAAAGAGCACCCUUCAGUGUUUUCGGAAAUAUCAAACGUAUCUCUGGAUUUUUCUUGUUUACAGGAACGAUCAGAAAAAAAUUAACCUUUGCACUCUGUAUGGCGAUUUUCUUUUUCUCCGUCAUGAACGUGCUUGGUCUGAACAAAAUUGAUCCUUUAUAUCAGUUGCACGAGCCCUUUUGUUGGACAUCGUUGGAGAUAGGGAUUUAUCUCGGUGCGAGGCUGGCUGGGCAGUUUCUACUGGGUCUUGUUUUGCUGAGGCUUUUACAGUUGUGCAUUAAAGUGGAACUGAUAGCCCUUCUCGGAGCGUUCCUUCAAGCUGGGUCAUAUGUUGUGGAAGCAUUUGUCAUUAAAAACUGGCAGUUUGCUCUAGUUCCGGUGAUUGGCAUUCUGGGAACGACUGUGGUGCCAAUAGUCCGCGGAAUUGCGUCAUCAUUGGCUGACUCCAAAGACCAAGGCGCCAUCUUUUCAAGCAUCGCUGUCGUAGAAGUUCUGUGCCUGGUUGUCUCGAACACGUCCCUGCUCAAGGUCUACUCAGCGACCGUAGCGACCAUGCCAGGGGCUGUCUACUUGUUGUUGGCAGCCUACAGUGCAGCGGCAGCCCUUCUUUUAAUCGUCUUCCUCUGUGUGCGAGUGGAGCCGGGAGAAGGCACAACAUACGAGACUCUGGUGGAAGCGGACCAGAAACCUCAAAAAACAAUUAAGUCAUAGAUAGUUGUAGAAAGUGUUUUUAGUUUCAGUAAGAGCUGCCCGGCACUUUCAACGUGAUAACAUUUUAUAAGUGCCGGAGAUUGGAAGUGUAACUAGAGUGUAACAUACAAACAAAAGAAGGAGCAGAAAUAUUACGAUAGAAGGUUGAUAGGAAGAAAGAGCAAACUAUACCAGAGUGCCCGCCAGCCACCAACGUUCUAGAUAAGUGGACGUACAAAAGAAUAAUAGGACUGUAAACUGUGCAUGUUGGGAACAAUAUUUGAGAUGCCUUGUUGUUCAUGUACAAUAAACGCAAAAUUGAAUGCGCACAUGUUAUGCAAGUAAAUAGGUGUUUUUUAAAAAACGAAAAAAAAAGUUUUACUCUCUCACAGACACAAUUUAGGUUGUUUUGGAGACGGACUGCUUCGGCCAUGUCUGUCAUGACAUAUACCCGGGUCUAGAAGGUUACAUUAUCCGAGUAGAAAUACAAAGAAACCAUAUUCUACUGUCUUCCCUACACAAGAAUCGAACUCACUUCUUUUGAGUCUAACCGCGGAAAGUCUAUAAGCCUUACACAAUUAAUUAAGGUCAAUAUGAUGAUGUACAUAAUAAUAUGUUUCUCCUUCAAUGGCCUCCCUUGUAGUACUGUAAGUAUUAACAUAUUACAAAUAUUUCUCCUUAUACUAAAUACUUAAUGUGUUGUUGAGUGGUUCAAACGACACAAAUUAAUAACCAUUACAGCUGUAAAUAUUUCCCCCAAGGAUUGACCAUUUUAAAAUUAAUAAUAAAACUCUUAUAGAAGCAACACGACACAAUUUUGUAUAAAACAUCAUGAUAGCACCCUAUAAUCAUGCCCUCAUUCCUUCAAACCUGUGACAGUACCCUAGAGGCUGUAAUCGACUUAGGGUUCAGAUACUGCGUAAAACGUGCAGGCCCUCAGCCUGCUGCUACCGUACCAAAGCUCAAAGCUUCAGGGUUGGCCGCAAAGGAAAUGAAAUGGCUGCGAACUUCUUCAUUACUUACUUUAUGUUUUCAUGUUUGUGUUUUAUUAAAUUUUGUAUAAGCAAACUUUAUCUAUAAUAUAAUAAUAGUAUUUUCUUGAUGAAGUUAGAAGAUACUACUGUUAGUUGGUUAGUUUGUUUGGUCUUUUGGUUUUGCUUCCUUGUUUGUUUGUUUGUUUGUUUGCUUGUUUGUUGUUGUUUUUUUUUGGGUGUGUUUUUUCUGGGGCUUCUUGGGAUUCGUGCGUGAAAUCAUGAAAAAAGUACAACCGUAGAAAGUUUAUUCGAACAGUGUGGUUCCUAUAUAUAAGUAAUGUGAGCGCCUCUGUGAGUAAGAAAAUAAAAUAAUCUGUAUGUUUGUUAUUUCUGUUUUGUAUAGGAAGACGUAAUUGGUGAUAUUCUACUCACAAAACCUAACCUAAGCUACCUGUUUAUUAUGUAUGAUUUUCUUCAACUAAUUUGAAUAAACUGAUGUUCCAAUUAAAA